CCAAUAGCGCUGUAUCCGCUUUCCGGUUUGUCGCGUGUAUGUACACUGUCGCUGGUGAGCACAUGCGUCGCUUGUAAUAAUUAUUUUAAAGUUAAAGAUAUUAAAAGUUAACUGAAUUACAUUGCUAGAAGAAAGAUAGUGAUACUGCUUCCGUUUGAAAUAGUUUGCUACCAAUAAAAUGGUUGGAUCCCGGGUGUACGUUGGCGGGCUGCCUUUUGGUGUUAGAGAAAGAGACUUAGAAAAGUUUUUUAAAGGAUUUGGAAGAAUAAGAGACAUCCUUAUUAAGAAUGGAUAUGGUUUUGUGGAAUUUGAAGACUACAGAGAUGCUGAUGAUGCAGUCUAUGAAUUAAAUGGAAAAGAAUUGCUUGGUGAAAGGGUGGUGGUGGAGCCGGCGCGGGGCAUCGACCGCAGCGCGGACCGCUACCGUCGCGACCGCUACUACGAGCGCGACCGCGGCCGAUCGAGAUACGAAUUUUCCGCCCGCAGUGACUACAAUUAUAGAUACGGGCCGCCGACGCGUACGGAGUAUCGACUUAUAGUUGAAAACCUAUCCAGCCGCAUUAGCUGGCAGGAUUUGAAGGAUUACAUGCGUCAGGCUGGCGAAGUGACUUACGCGGAUGCUCACAAGCAACAUAGAAACGAAGGGGUUGUGGAGUUCGCAACUCAUUCAGACAUGCGAGCUGCUAUCGAGAAAUUGGACGGUACUGAGCUGAACGGCCGCCGCGUCCGCCUGGUGGAGGACCGACGUUCGUCCAGACGACGCAGCCGCUCCUCUUCCUCAAGGAGCCGCUCACGGUCACGAGACAGGCGCCGCUCACGAUCCAGGUCUCGUUCUCGUGGCUCCCGCAGCCGCUCCAAAUCCAAAUCUCGUCCAAAGAGCAAGAGCCCAGCUGCCAAAUCUCAUUCGAGAUCUCGCUCCAAAGACCGCAGCCGUUCCAGAUCCGCUUCCCGCAAGUCUGAGCGCGGGUCGGCAUCACGUCCGUCCCGUGAGCGUUCCGCGGGACGGAAGUCCGCAGAGCGGAACGGAAGGUCCGCAUCGCGCUCCAAGUCUCGCUCACCUAUGGAUGAUAAAGAGACUGCUGCAAAAGCUAGGGAGCGAUCUCGCUCACGCAGCAAGGAGGCGGGAUCACCCAAACGAGAGGAAGAGCGUCGUGAGAGCAAGUCUCGUUCAAGGUCUCGCUCCCGGUCUGGAUCGCGCGAGCGGUCAGUCUCACGCGAGCGGUCGCGCUCCGCCUCGCCCAGGCAAAAUGGAGACGAACGGGCCGCCGACGAGCGCUCCCCGCGCAGCGGAGACUGAGGGGGCACUAGGGAGUGAUGCGGGGGCGGGAGGGGGGGAAGCUCACAGUGGACUGGAUGGACGGUUACAUGGCAAAGAAAAAUCGUACAUCUGUUACUAUCUGAGGGUUCCAUCCAAGCCCGCGUCAUUUGUUUUUUUAAUUAGAUGUAUGUUUUAGUAUAAUAUGAUCUCGUAAACUUUCAUUACAGUUCCAAAUGGGAGUUCAUUGACGGAAGCUAUUCAUGUUCGUAUGUGAUUUAGUUUUUGUACAACAUCAGUUGAUCGUUCUAGCCUCGAGGUCAUGUUUAUAGAAUCGAAUUGACAAACAUUUCUAUUAGAAUGUAAAUUAUAAAUGGUCAUUGUGGGCUAGUGAACUAUUUUUAAAGAAUAUAUUUCCUUAUUAAGUUAAAGAUGAUCAUUGAUAUGCACAUGGAUAUUUUUAAUGUUAGUAUCCAGCCAACUCCGUGUAAACCGAUGUAAAAUUAUUAUUAUUAUUAAGUAAUGUUUCUGUGUGCAGUUCAACUACCUUCUGUUUAUGGUAUAGAUGGAGGGUUUUAAGAAUUGUAAUAUUUGAUAGAAUUUUUCUUGUAAUUGUAAAAUUACAAUAGUACAUUUACCGAGUGUAGGUAAUUUAAAUGAAAUUUCAUUGACACCCUAUUCAAAUAGGCUAAGGUAUUUUGUAAAUACUGAUUGUUUUAAGGCACCAAAUAAUAAAUAAUUAAGUUGGA